AUGGCUAAUAGAAGAGUUCAUAGUGGUCCGAAAGAACGACUUCAGUCAGAUAUUACAAUUGAUACCUCGAAAAAUGAUAAUUUAGCUGUAACAAAUGAUUUGGAGCCUAGCUCUGACAAAACAGCCAGUUCAAAUAGUAAGGGAGUAAAAACUAAGACAUUAACAAAAUCAAAAGAAAAUUUAAAAACUACUAAAAAAAGAAUUACUAAGGAUAAAAAGUCUACCAUUCAAGAUGAAAAUAAAAAGACGAAAAAUUCUGCUACUGAAGACGAAGAUGCUGCUUACUGGGAACGUGUGAUUGUACCACUAUUAAAUCGUAUAGAUUUAACUAAAUUGGAAGGUCCUACCAGUACUAACCAACUCUAUCAAUCCACGUGCUAUCUAUGGGAUGCAUUGUUUAGAAAAAAUUUACUAGGACGAAGCAGCGGUGAAACUGGAUCAAGUAAAAGGAGAAGUAGUGUUUUACAUGCUGCUUACCGCCUAUUGGAUCAAGAUGAUCCAAAAUUACUAAUAAAACUUGCUCGUAUUAUCUUUUCUAUGAAAGUCAGUGGGAAAAAUUUAGGAAAUAUUUGCAAAUUGGUGUAUUUAGCUAGUCGUAAUGAAUCGAAUGAUAAAAUGAUUAUCGAUGAAAACAUUCCUGAUUAUUUAUUUGAAAUAUGGAAAGACGUGGACCCUACAAUUAAUUUAGAAGCUCUAACUUACAGUGCUGCGUCCAUUAAAUUUCUGUCUGGUAAUGCAAAUCUGCAGGAUUAUCUGUUCGACCGUAACUGUAUCGAGGCGGUGGCAUUAGCGAUGAACUCUCUCAAUUCUGAAUCUGACCUGAAAAGUAGCGAGAUUUCACAUGCCAUGAUUCAAUUGACUGGAAUUUUAGCAAAUCUAGCUGACAAUGGACAACAUCGAAAAAAGUUAAUGUCAAAAGAGAUUGUACUAUCUGUUUUACCUGUAGUUACUAAGUUUACCAGUGAUCAUGAUUUAAUGCUAAAUAUAGCACGAAUAUUUAGUAAAUUGACUCAACAUAGUGAAUUCUGCCACAUCUUGAUUGAUGAGGCUGAUCUUAUCGUACUUUUCUUGAAAGUAAUGGAAAAGCAAGUACAUAAAGCGGAUUUGGUUCUACGUUUGGGUUAUAUUCUUGGAAAUAUCUUUCUGGAAAGUGAAGAAAUUAGUAUAUUUGUAACUUCUAAUGGCAAUGGCAUCGAAUAUUUAUUAAAAGUACUUAGGACAUACCUUGAUUGGGAUAGGAAGCUCGCUUCUGAUGAAGACACCGAAGAAAAGCCAAAAUCUGUAGCCAAAAUUGAAGACGUAAUACUAAAGAUUAUCCGAGCUAUUGUAAAUUUGUCUAUAUAUCCGGACGUUGGCUCAAUCAUUGCCACCAGUUAUGAAUUCGUCGACUACCUACUACAACUAUUAGCUACAAAAGAUAUAUUAAAAUCGAGAGAAAUUGUGACUCAUGCAGCUGUCGCGAUAAGUAAUUUAUCCUUUUAUGAUGUCAAUGAAAGUGCCUUAUUUAAAAAAGAAAUUGAAUUAACAAAGUUUUUAGUACUUUUACUACUGGAUGAUAAUGCUUCCAUCAUGAUUGAUGUCGUACGUGUUUUUGGCAAUCUUACCAGAUCGAAAGCCGUUCGUGAUUUGUUAGUUAAGAAAAAAGUGGAUGAGAUGAUGAUUGCGCUUCUUGAUGCUGGCCAGCGAGAAACAGUAUUUUAUGCUUGCGGACUGUUGAUGAAUUUUAUGAAAGAUGCGGAUAACAGAGAGAAAUUAUUGAAAGAAGGAGGUGUUAAAAGACUGAUUGAUGCAUUACGAGAUUUUGGACGAGAUGAUUGGCAAUUGGCAGGUUUAAUUUGCAAGACUCUAUGGAAUUACAGCGUCGGUAUGGAAAAUUCAUAUUCAGCGUUUGGUGAAGAAGAUACUGACCGACUAAUAGAUUUCCUGGAAGAAUACUUGGAUGAGGAUAUCAUAUUCGACUAUGCAGAUAGUGAUGUUUCGCCAGAGACGCAAGAAAUGCUAAAGGAUAUUUGGAAUGAUGACUUUUGUCCCGUUGCAACUGAAUUUCUACAAAAAGUGAUAAAAUAUCGAAGUGAUCUGGAGCCUUUAGAUUAA